AUGAGUCGAGCGCAGGACCCACUGCGCGCCCAUCGAAGCCAACGUCGACUAUUGGGCAACGACAUCGGUCGCACGGCGCGUGCAACGGCCGACAUCUGCUGCGACGACCGCAAGAACACGCCGGGUUGCCCGCUCUACGUCUGGAACCCCCACGAUGGCGGCUCGUGCUGGCUCAAGAGCAAGAAGGAUCCCAGGACGCAAUCUCCAGGUGCCCAAUCGGCGACGCUCGAGGUGACGCCUGCACGCACGACGAGCACACCUGCGCCAACCACGGUACCGCCUGUGCCCACGACCGAGACGCCCGAUCCCACGAGCGCCACGCCGGAGCCGACCACAUUUCCUACAGGCACGCCCGAGCCUACGACCUCGGCACCGCAACCGACGACCUCGACACCUGCGCCCACGACCGCCGCGCCGGAGCCCACGAUUAAGACGUCUGUGCUAACGCCUGCUCCAGUGGUUUCGUCGCCGGCACCUUCGACGAACAGCACGACGCCCAGCGUCCACGACAUUCGCACGCUCAAGUACACCGCCUACGAGCUCACGUACGACUGCAAGGAGCGCACAGCGCUGCGCUGGUUCUACGUCAUGGGCAAAGAUGUUGGUAACGCGAAGCGUCCGGGGUCGUUCUACGAAGACCCGAACAUGCCCGAAGGUUGCUUGCAGCAAAAGUCGACCAAGGCGUACUCGAAUGGCUACGAUCGCGGUCACUUGGUCACGUCCAACCACAUGGAUACGGACGCCACCAUCGCCCGCGAGUCACACUACAUGAACAACGUUGUGCCGCAAGUGUCGACCUUCAACCAGGGCAUUUGGUUUGUCGAUGGCUGGGGCAUCAAGACGCCGAGCUACUUCUGGAAGGUUGUGCUCACGACGGACCCGAAGACGUACUUGGUGUCGGUCGCCUCCAUUGAAGCACGGCUCAACGACGGUCUUGGCCCGAUUCCAGUGCCAGAGGGGCUCAAGAACACGGUCGAGUCUGCGACGUGGGCUCUUCCCGACAACUGCGAUCACGGCCGCCGCUUGUUGUAA